AUGCUCUCAGCGGUGGAGAAUGGACUGGACCCCCGGGCUGCCAUCCCGGUCAUCAAGAAGAAGCUAGUGGGCUCCGUGAAGGCGCUGCAGAAGCAGUACGUGUCCUCGGACGUGGUGGUCACGAGCGAAGACGGAGAUGCCAACAGCAUGUGCAGCGCCCUGGAGGCCGUCUUCAUCCACGGCCUGCACGCCAAGCACAUCCGCGCCGAGGCCGGAGGGAAGAGGAAGAAAGGCGCCCACCAGAAGCCUCUGCCUCAGCCUGUCUUCUGGCCUCUCCUGAAAGCUGUCACCCACAAACACAUCAUCUCGGAGUUGGAGCACCUGAUCUUUGUGAGCACGGAUGUGGGCCGCUGCCGGGCCUGGCUGCGGCUGGCCCUCAACGACGGCCUGAUGGAGUGCUACCUGAAGCUGCUGCUACAGGAGCAGGCCCGCCUGUGCGAGUACUACCAGCCCACGGCCCUGCUCCGCGACGCCGAGGAGGGAGAGUUCCUCCUGAGCUUCCUUCAGGGCCUGACGUCCCUGUCCUUUGAGCUCUCCUACAAGUCUGCCAUCCUCAACGAGUGGACACUCACCCCGCUGGCCCUCUCGGGGCUCUGCCCGCUCUCAGAGCUCGACCCCCUCACUACCCCUGGAGCUGAACUGCAGCGGAAGGAGUCUCUGGACUCCAUCUCCCAUUCCUCGGGCUCAGAGGACAUUGAGGUCCAGCACUCAGGCCACAAGAUCCGACGGAACCGGCAGCUCACCGCCUCCUCCCUCAGCCUGGACACGGCCAGUUCAUCCCAGCUCUCCUGCAGCCUCAAUUCUGACAGCUGCCUCCUCCAAGAGAAUGGCUCCAAGAGUCCAGACCGUUCCGAGGAGCCCAUGUCCUAUGACUCAGACCUGGGGAUGGCCAAUGCUGACGACUCGGACAUGUCUCUGCAAGAGGUGUUGUCGGAAUUCAGCAAAGCCCAGGUAAACUCUGUGCCAGCCAACGGACCGAGCCGGGAAACGGAGGUUCCCACGCUGCAGGCCCCGCUCCCCCUCCCUGGCCUCGACACCAGCACACCCCUGCACUUGGAGGAACCAGCAGAGCCCCGCCACGCCCAGGCCUCCCCUGGGACUGGAGAUGGGGACCACAAGCGGGAGCCGCUUGCCCAGGUGCCCGGCCUCCUGGGCUGGCCGCAGCCGGGCCCUGCCCAAGCUGUCCUUUCAGGGAGCGCUUCAGGCCAGCAGCCUCCUCGUCCCAUGAGAGACGCCACCAGAGCAGCCGGCCAGGAAAGCGGCCAGCAGAAGCCCACGGAGGAUGACGGGCCUUGGCUCAGCCUUGCAGUUCCCUCCCCUACUAGUCCGAAAAGCAAGAGCUGGAUCUCAGAAGAUGACUUCUACCGGCCUCCCCGGGAACAGCCCACAGACAGUCCUCCUGAUGCUGCCACAGCUUCUCCCGGAGGGAUUCCCGAGUCAAGGCCUGACCUCCUGGUGCAAGAACCAAGACGAAGCUGCUCCAUGGAGGCCUUAGACAAAGCUUGCGCGCCUUCCCCAGGGAGUGGGAGAAGCAGGGCUGCCCCGGCGCCGCCGGAACACAGGAACUUCAGGGUGGUGCAUCGCCGGCAGAUGGGGCUGUCCAACCCAUUCCGGGGUCUCCUGAAGCUGGGCACGGUGGAGCGGCGGGGGGCCAUGGGCAUGUGGAAGGAACUCUUCUGCGAGCUGUCCCCGCUGGAGUUGCGCCUCUACCUGAGUGGCAGGGAGCGCACCUGCGUGGAGACCUGCUCGCUGCUGCGCUGUGAGUCCGUGGGGCCGGCCCACAGCGACGGCCGCUUCGAGCUGCUCUUCUCUGGCAAGAAGCUGACCCUGCGUGCCUCGUCCCGGGAUGAAGCCGAGGACUGGCUGGACCGGGUGCGCGAGGCACUGCAGAAGUGCCGGCCCCAGCAGGAGGAGGAGUGGGUGACCAUCCAGUACCCGGAGCAGCCCGAGGACCCCCCAGAGGCCCCCCAGGGUGGCCACCCCGCCCCCUCGGACCUGCACACGGAGGCUGAAACCCCCCAGGGCCCGCAGUUCGACUGGUCCUUCUCCCAGGUGCCUGAGCCCGACGCUAUCAAAGAGUCCCUGCUCUACCUGUACACGGACCGCACGUGGAUGCCCUACAUCUUCUCCCUGUCCUUGGAGUCCCUCAAGUGCUUCCGCGUGAGAAACAACGAGAAGAUGUUAAGUGACAGCCACGGAGUUGAGACCAUCCGAGACAUCCUGCCGGACACGAGCCUCGGGGGCCCAGCCUUCUUCAAAAUCAUCACGGCCAAGGCCAUCCUGAAGCUGCAGGCCGGGAAUGCCGAGGAGGCCGCCCUGUGGAGGGACGUGUUGCGCAAGGUCCUGGCGUCCUACCUGGAGACGGCUGAGGAGGCGGUGACUCUCGGCGGCAGCCUGGAUGAAAACUGUCAGGAGGUGCUGAAGUUCGCCACUCGGGAGAACGGCUUCCUGCUGCAGUACCUGGUGGCCAUCCCCACAGAGAAAGGCCUCGACUCCCAGGGCUGCUUUUGUGCAGGCUGCUCCCGGCAGAUUGGCUUCUCAUUUGUACGACCCAAGCUCUGUGCCUUCUCUGGCCUCUAUUACUGUGACAUCUGCCAUCAAGACGAUGCCUCAGUGAUCCCGGCCAGGAUCAUCCACAACUGGGACCUCACCAAGCGCCUGGUCUGCAGGCAGGCCCUGAGGUUCCUGACACAGAUCCGGGCCCAGCCCCUCAUCAACCUGCAGCUGGUGAACGCGUCGCUGUACGAGCACGUGGAGCAGAUGCGCCUCAUCGGGAGGAGCCGGGAGCAGCUGAAGCUGCUGGGAGACUACCUGGGCCUGUGCCGGAGCGGAGCCCUGAAGGAGCUGAGCAAGAGGCUCAACCACAGGAAUUAUCUCUUGGAGUCACCUCACAAGUACAGUGUCGCCGACCUCCAGCAGAUCGCGGACGGGGUGUACGAAGGCUUCCUCAAGGCCCUGAUCGAGUUUGCCUCCCAGCAUGUCUACCACUGCGACCUGUGCACCCAGCGCGGCUUCAUUUGCCAGAUCUGCCACCACCAUGACAUCAUCUUCCCCUUUGAGUUUGACACCACAGUCAGGUGCGGCGAAUGCAAGACCGUCUUCCACCAGACCUGCCAGGCCGUGGUCAAGAAGGGCUGCCCCCGCUGUGCCCGCCGGCGCAAAUACCAGGAGCAGAGCAGUCUCACCUAA